CAAUUUGAUUUUUCUGUGAUUGUUGUUUUUAGCUACUCUUCCCUCUGCUGACCUGAAUCAAUACUUGACGUAUGCUCUGACCUGAAUUAAAUGAAUAAGCAUUAAAUUAAUCUUCUUUUUUAUAACAUUAAAGUAUUUUAUCUGCCAUUUUAUAGUACUUCUGUGUAUAACAUACUGUACAGCAAAGGUUUGUGUAGAACUAUUCUAUAAAGUCACAAAAAGCAUUAAAUAAUUAAUAAACAGGACUGAAGCUUCAUUUCCAUCCACUACUAAAGCCCAAAAUUGGACACUGCAGCCUUCUGUGGAUAAUUGAAGAAGAUUUUGAUAAACGAUUUAAACCUUGAACAAGUAAGAAAAAAAGUGUCUUCAUGUCUAGCAAUUGAGGAGUGACAUCUAGCGGCACAGAAUCAAAUUACACUUGCCCUUACUGUCGUGAAACCACGUGUCUCCAUUUGCCCACAGUUGAGAGGUCAGUCAGAAGAUGGCAGAGUCAUUGAUUUGUAACAACACGCAAAGCAGGGUGAGUUCUGUGCUGAACAGGGAUGUCAGACAGUUCGGAAAGAAGUUCAUGUUUGAUGGCAACGAGGAGACGUGCUGGAAUUCUGACCAGGGUGAAUCCCAGUGGGUUUGCUUGGAGUUUCCACAGCCUGUGAAAGUGUGCGAGCUCAGGCUACAGUUCCAAGGAGGGUUUUCAGGGAAAUCUUGCAAAUUAGAAGGUUCUGCAAAAGAAGAGGAUCUCAAACAUAUUGUAGACUUCUAUCCAGAAGACGACAACUGUCUACAAAGUUUUCCCGUUCAAGAUGCCGCUUCGGUUCAGAGGCUGAAAAUAGUGUUUGAAAACAGUGCCGACUUUUUUGGAAGAAUAAUUGUUUACACUUUGGAAAUCCUGGGGGAAAAGGUUUUGUAAUGUUUCGAGAAAAGGACAAAGAGGAAGUAUGAAGAGUAGUAUUCCACCUACUCACAGGAAAAGCAUAAACUGAUGUUACUUCUGAUUUCAUUUCCUUCGUUUCUACAGAGCCUUUAUGGAUUAUAUUCUUUAUAGUCUUUUCCGGUCAACACGCAUGAACUGCAUGUCUGUAAAAGUGUUUUUUAAUUAAAUAUAAGAUACAAAAACAGUUCUCCACAUUGUCCCAUGUCAAAAUAAACUAUGCAGGAUAAUUAUAAAGUC